UAUUAAUAAUAGCCUGUUACAAAAGACCAUGCUAACUGAAUGGUUUGUUGGUAAUGCCAAGUAUGCUAACGCCCGGUCUUUAACUUACUGUGAUUUUCCAACAGAGUGGUCUUGGGUGCCAGAAAAUAAACAAUGGGUGCGGAGAAAACGGAGUGACAAAAUUGGGAGGGUAUAUUAUGUUCACCCUUCUACCGAUGGCGUUCAACCUGCUUUCUGAGAUCCACAGCGACAACCAUCAGUGGAUGAUCUGUGUCCUUGUUUCUCGCAUGUGGCACUAUCGUGGAGGGACCGAUGAAGGGCCUAUUCAGCACACUGAUCUGGUUCUACUUGACGUUGAGGGAAACCAUAUGUAUGGUCAGCUCCCUCCGGCUACAUCUGAACGGCUUAAGGAUGUGUUGGAGGAAGGGAAGGUGUUUGUUAUAAGGAAGUUUUUCUGUAAUCCGUCGAAGCCAACCUUCAGGCCUGUUGAGAGCCCUUUCAUGGUUCAGUUUACAAGGUAUACCACGGUUGAAGAAAGACCUGGGUUGGCGGAUACAUACCCAUUCUGUAGGUACAGUCUUACUUCGUUUACAGAUAUCCCAGUCCCCUGUGGCCGUGCCGAACGCUUCAUUGAUGUUAUUGGGAAGAUUGACAUGGUUUCUGAUGUGAUCCCUGUUCAGUCAAUGUACCAGCAGGCUGCUUCUAAUACGAGGACUGUUAUACUGAAGGACUUGUUGGGCAAUGAGAUUAGGCUUGUUCUUUGGGGUGAUCGAGCACUUGAGUUUGACGCGGAAGCAGUUUGUGCCAUGGGUGAGAAAGAACCAGUCAUUGCUAUCUUUGUAGGAACGUUGCCAAAGGCAUCUCAUGGUGUUAGAGGGUUGAGUGGUAGUUCUGCCUGUCGUUGGUACAUUGAUGAGGACAUACCUGAUAUUAACUUGUUCCGUGAGAAGAUUGGGCCGCAGUUUGUUCCUCUAGCCACCUAUGUCCCUACAGGGCCAGGUGCCAUCGCGCCCCGAGUGUACGAGCCUCCCGCUGAGAAAACCCUCGAACAGCUGAAUGAAGUUGAUCCCUUCGUGGAUAUGGAAAAGAAAUUCCUUUGCACUGCGACUGUUGACCGGCUCGGCGCAGACCAGCGCUGGUGGUUCGCUUCGUGCUCCGUGUGCCGCAAGUCCUCUAAGCACGAUGGGUGCCGAUUUCGGUGUUCGGGCAAAGACUGCGAUUCUUCUGACGUUAGCCUAGCGUAUUGCAUCUCCUUCUUUGCGACUGAUGCCACAGGUGAAUCUGAAUUUGUGAUGUUCGAAAAGGUUGCGGCAGGGGCCGUGGGCAAGCAACUCAUGAACUUGAUGCGGCAAAGAUAUCCAGGCUAUUACAUGGUUGAUGAGUUGGCCAAUGUUGCUAGACACGACACAGCUAUUCCGGCUGAGAUUGAGCGUCUCGUUGGCCACAAGUACAAGCUUUUAGUUUCCAUUUCGAAGAAAUGGAACUCAGGCAAUAGCGAGAACCUGAAUUUCCAAGUCUGCAGGAUUGAGGAGACCUACAAACCCGAGUUACCUCCUCUGGCUUUUGCUGCUUCCUCGAGGUCUGCUGGGGCUUCAUCGUCCGCUGGUGGUUCAGGUUCCAGGCUCUUGCCCUUAGGUCCAACUCUAUCACAUGUGCAUCACAGGGCUGCUACGUUUGGUGGAUCGCAUAGCAGUGGGAAUGCAACACCCCCUUCUCCUAUUGCUAGCCCUGGGACUCCAGCUAAAGGUUCGUCUGCGCCUAAGCGUGGCACGAAGCGUUCUUUGUUUUCAAGCCCUCCGAAACGGAACACACAGUUGGCUGAUGCUUGUGCCGCCGCAGCUGAAGAAGAGCCAGCGACGUUGGUUGAGCCUGUGGAAGAUGAUGGUAUAACCACUGAUGUAGAGAAAAACGGACCGCCUCCAAACCCAAAAUCUAAGAGGAACGCCAAUUCUGCGAAGUCAGGUACCUUGCCCAAGAAAGCGAAGCCGUAGACACUUGGACGAUGUGUUUGUGGGCGGCGUAUGUAUAUAAGGUCUUCGUCCGCGCUGCCUUAUCUUCAGCUAUGGUGCCUUCUGCAAGCAUGCCUCACAUGGACCAUCUGAAGAGCUUGUUAGUAUCUUAGUAACAUU